AAAAUAAGGCCCACAAUGGAACAACCCAAGGCCCAUUCCAUUUUGUCCGUGGAAGCCACACCUACACUUCCUUUAUGCAAGAAAUCAAGAAACGCAGGUGGUAGAAGAAAACGAAGCACCAUGGAAAAGAGCAGCGAAGACGACGCUGCAGAAAUCGAGACGGUGGAGUUCGCCGCAUCGGAGAUCGAGUACGUCAGUUACGGCGGCGAGCACCACCUCCCUCUCGUCAUGAACCUCGUCGACCAAGAGCUCAGUGAACCUUACUCCAUCUUCACGUACCGUUACUUCGUCUAUCUCUGGCCUCAGCUUUCUUUCCUGGCUUUCCACAAGGGGAAAUGUGUAGGCACGGUGGUGUGUAAGAUGGGGGAGCACCGUAACACUUUCAGAGGCUACAUUGCAAUGCUGGUUGUGAUCAAACCCUAUAGAGGAAAAGGAAUUGCGACGGAGCUUGUUACUAGGUCUAUUCAGGUGAUGAUGGAAUCAGGUUGUGAAGAGGUUACAUUGGAAGCGGAAGUUACAAAUAAAGGAGCACUGGCACUGUACGGUCGCCUUGGCUUUAUUAGGGCCAAGCGGCUCUUUCACUACUACUUGAAUGGAGUUGAUGCUUUCCGUCUGAAACUUCUAUUUCCCCGCCCAGAGUUGCACCCAACAACUCACCAUAUCAGAUAAAUGCAGGAGCCAAAUGCACAGUGAUCAUGGUGAUGGCCCCCUCCCCUGAAAGAAUGAUUUGAUUCCAUCGAUGAUUGUGUGCUUUUAGCGGAACAAGAAACCUUUUGAGCAUAUUGCUAUGUAAUUAGGUGCGCUUAUUAGUUAUCAUUAUUUUUUUGCAGAAUAACUCCUUUCUGUGAGUUGAAGUAUGAGCACUACUCAAUGAUCAGUUCUUUCAAAGAGCUGUAAUUCCAAGUUAAGUUUCUUCUAGCCUUAUGAUCAGUACACAAACAGAAUGACUUUAUUAUUUGCACUGACAGUAAUCCUUUGAUUUGUGCUUCACUUACUGUGGAUUUUGUUUUCUAGGGAAAACAAGAUAUUUAACAAAUUUGUUACGUAUGUGUAUGGAAAUAAAGUGAAUAGUCAUUUUGGUCCUUGAAAA